AUGUCUCCUUCAAACAUGAAACAAUGGAUUGUCCAAGAUAAAGAGCACGAUCUCGACGGCCUGGUCUUUAAGGAUGCUGCUGUCCCGAAAGUGGGUGAGAAUGAAGUGUUGGUGAAACUUCAAGCCGCGUCAUUGAAUUACCGCGAUUUGAUUAUUCCAAAGGGCACAUAUCCAUUUGCUCUCAAAUUCCCGGUAGUCCCAGGCUCUGAUGGCGCCGGUGAAGUUGUCGAAGUGGGAUCCAAGGUCGCUGAGUUCAAGAAGGGCGACCAUGUCGCAACCCUCUUCAACCAGGGCCACCAAUAUGGCGAGAUCGACUCGCACGCCGCGACUACUGGCUUGGGUGGUGUAAUCGACGGUACUCUUCGCGAGUAUGGCGUGUUCAAUGAACAGGGUCUUGUCAAGGCUCCGGCCAACUUGACUGCCCUCGAGGCUAGUACCUUGUCAUGCGCGGCGCUGACCGCUUGGAACGCGCUAUAUGGCCUGAAGCCAUUGAAGCCCGGGCAGGUGGUUCUUGUUCAGGGAACUGGAGGUGUCAGCAUGUUUGGACUGCAGUUCGCCAAGGCUGCAGGCGCGACAGUGAUUGCGACAACCUCUUCUUCCGAGAAGGCCGAAAAGCUCAAGAAGCUUGGUGCCGACCACAUCAUUAACUACAAGACUGACUCCAACUGGGGUGAUGCUGCUCGCAAAUUGACUCCUGGCGGAGUUGGCGUGGAUCACAUCAUCGAAGUGGGCGGCAGCGGGACUCUUCAGCAGAGCUUCAAGUGCGUGAAGCUGGAAGGAAUUAUUAGUGUGAUUGGAUUCCUCGGAGGCGUGGACCCAAAGACUCAGCCAUCUAUUUUGGAAACACUAACUCACAUCUGCACUGUGCGUGGUGUUUAUGUUGGUAGCAAAGCCCUUAUGAGGGAUAUGGUUCGAGCCAUCGAGGCCAAUGAUAUCCACCCUGUUGUGGAUGACAAGCUAUUUAACCUUGACCAGGCCAAGGAGGCUUAUGAAUACAUGUGGGCCCAGAAGCACUUCGGCAAGUUGACCAUCAAGAUCAACUAA